UGCGUGUGCGUGCGUGUGCGAACUCCUUGGAGAAAUGCCAAGGACUGGAGACUGGGACAGUGCCAGCUUUUAUUAAGUCUUUUUGAUGUCACUGAAAUGAGGCACACACCUGAAGUGUCUCACAUGACUGUCUUCAGGGCAGAAGUUUGCAAGUUGCUGGGUUUGCUGUAAACUACCUACGUAGCUAUAAUGACACCAGCCCUCAGAGAGGCAGCAACAAAAGGUCAUGGUAUCCACUUGUCACCUUCUUUGUCCUCUAGAGCUAUGGAGUCUGAUACAGCUUUGUGCAUGGAAAAUUCCAGAGCAGUGGAAGAGAAGAUAAAAGAGGACUCCAUCGCACAGAUUACUUGCUCAGUCCUGGGGUUCCCCACUGCUGAGCCCAACCUCAGAAAUGAUAUCUUCAGUGUACAGCAUUUUGGUUCUCCGCCAGCCUCCAAGUGCUAUCAGUCUGUCUUGUUAAUGAGUACAAAUUCUGCGUUUAGCAACAAAACCGGUAAGCAAACGAAAGCAGGAGAGCUCGACUGCUCCAAGAUGAGAAAUUCAUUACAUAAUGGUGCUGACACAUCAUUUGGUCGGAUUAGUCAUUCAGAACCUGAGGAACAGGUCAAAGGGGAGACAUUUUCAGAGACCACAUCUCCGAAUUUGGCAGAAACACAGAGACUUUUGGAUUCAAAUGUAACCGAAUCCAGUAAUGCAGAAGAAAUGCAGCUUUUAAAUGGUAAAUGGUACAAGAAGAAUGGUUUUUUGGGUAGGGCCUUGGAAGUCUGCACUGAAACAAUAAAAGGGGAUUUAUUACACCAAAUUCUUCACGGGCCUUCAGAAGGGAUUUUGAGCUGCACCCCGGAGGAGGUGUAUGCUCGAUUACUCCAGUGUGUCACUAAGCAACAAAUGGAAAUCAGUCGUGCCAAAAGAACUCAGAAACGUUUACAAACGCUCCUGGCAAAGCAUGUUAUCAAACACUGUGAUCAGCAGCUGAAAUGCUUCGUGAAACAUCAGCUACAAAGAAUGAAGGUUUUCCAUGAGCCAACCCGAUUUUUGAGCAGUAGCUCCCUCAGGUGCACUGAAGGUUGGCCAGAAAACAACACAACUACUUUGGAGAGUAGUUCUAGUACGGAUGUACAGAACGGAGUUAGCGUUGCACCAGGUGAAAUCCAGGGCUUUGCACUUUCUACUGGAGGGCUGCUGUCUCGUGUGGAGAAGGAUCUGGACUCUGAUGCAACAUGUAGCAGCUCAGAUGAAGAUGGUGAGGAAUGGACUGUAAGAACAACUGUGGAAGCCAGCUAUACUUCUGAAUGGAAGUGGCUGGCAGACAGAGCUAGAAUUGGCAGCCGUUGGACAUGGCUUCAAGCCCAGAUUUCAGAACUAGAAUACAAAAUCCAACAACUAACUGACCUUCACAGGCAGAUACGUGCCACCAAGGGGAUGGUGAUCUUAGAAGAAUUCCCAUUUCCAAAAGACAUUUUGAAGAAGCAAAUACAAUUGACAGACCAAGAAGCUUUAUUAAACGCCACAGGGAAUUCGCAAGCUGCCAUUGAGAGACAGGAUUCUUUGCCGGAGCAUGACUUUGAAAUGUCACCCAGCAGUCCUACCCUGCUUUUACGAAACAUAGAAAAACAGAGCGCACAACUGAGUGAAAUCAUCAGCAGCCUAAUUGCUCCACUCAAUCUGUCUCCAGCUUCUUCAUCUCUUUCAUCCAAGACCUGUAGGCACAGACAACUGGUCAAUGGCAUCUCCUUCAGAGCUUCAGACAACAGAGAAGUAUCCUCUUCGAGCAGCUGGUUGCUUGAUCAUCAGCACAUCAAGAAAAGAAGAAGAGACAGGACAAGACUAAGAUCUCUCUCUGUGGCUAAUGUGAGCACAUCUGCCCGAACAAGGCCACUUCAUAGUUUCCAGAAGAGGAAACUCUACAGAAUGCACAGGGCCUGUUACUGGAAUCAGCAGACUUCACCAUCUAGAGAUGCCUCCUUUCCAUAUAAAACUCAGUUACCGUGUAUGGUGCCAGCCUCCGCUUUGACCAGUAGUGAGUACAGCUCAGAAUCUAAAAUACUGGAUUAUGUGCAAGAGCUGGACUCUUCCUUCCAUCCAGUCUUAUCAUUCCCUUCAGAGAUUCCUCUUCACAUAUACUUUGAAACAUUAUUAAGGAAGGAUGACAUCAAAGGAGAACCUGUUGAUACCUCAUCUUUGGGAGCAGAGUUUAAAGCAUCUCCAGACAAUGACUAUAAUCAACAUAAUGUUUCUGUCAAACAAUGGAGCAGUGACUGUUUAUCUAAUUCCAAAUCUCAGUCAGUGUCAGGAACAUCUGACCAGCUGUCAGAGGGAAGAAAGAAAAGGCAUCUAAGUGAGACAGCAGUAGGCGAACGUAAUGGUAGGUUUGAGACAUUCUCCUUUCAACAUGCAGAACCAGAAUCCCAUAGCAGUUUUGCUGCCAUGACCAAUGUCAAUGCGAUGUCUAGGCCCACUCACAGCACUUCAUCACAGCAUAACUCCAGGAGGAGGUUGAGAAGUGAAAGCUCCUAUGAUAUAGACAACAUUGUUAUUCCAAUGUCACUGGUGGCACCAUCGAAGUUGGAGAAACUACAGUACAAAGAAAUCCUUACCCCAAGCUGGAGAGUUGUUGAAUUUCAACCUUUAGAAAGAUCUCAUACAGAUGAAGAAGAGAUAGAAGAUCUGUCAGAUGAAGUUUUUUCCUUACGUCAUACAAAGUAUGAAGAAAGAGAGCGAGCAAGGUGGUCGCUGUGGGAGCAGAGCCGCUGGCCCAGAAGGAAUAGCAGAUCUUACGGACGACACAGCCAAGAUUCGGUGCAGAAAGACCACCACAGCAGCUCCUGUGCCCCGCUGCCUUGCGCUGCUGAACCUGUUCCCGACUUGACGUCAGAAGCACACAGCUCUGUUGGUUCAGGGAUUGCACAACUCUGCAGGGAGAGCCAGGAAGCGAAGUCUGGGCUGUGGGAACUUCGAGUUUUUCCACUAAAAGAUGAAGAGGUAGAAGCUUUACUGUGCCAAGAUCAAAUAACGAGUCAGACUGAAAUGUCAAGUGCAGCUUUCUGCAGCGACUCUCUCUGUACUUCAUGCACACCCAUUGGUUUGCCAGACAAUGGCCAGCCACCAAGAAGACAAUCUACUGAAGAGCCAGAAGACUGCGAAAACGUUUGCCUGGGAAUCAACAAUACAAGAAAACAAAGGUGACAGGGAAUAAUGUAGUUCAUUAAGAAAGCCAAUUAAGGUGGAGAAAAGUGUAAGGUAAAAUCUCUCUUGUUCACACAGCAUAUGACAGCACAAUUCAAAACCUGUACGUUAGCUGCAUAUAAUAUAUUUUCUUUCUUGCUUUGUAACAGGCAGGAUAAAUCCCAAAGACAACACUUUCUUCUUCCUGAACCCCAAGAGAAAGUAAUUAUUUCAAGCUGGAAGUCUAAUAUUCCCAAUGUCGGGAGUGGGCACACAUAAAUUGCUGGCACCAUUCACUUUCUGUUGUCAUAUUGCCACAUCUAUUAAUAAUCAUCCUUUUCUGUUUUGUUUGUUUUCAAAUGCAUUUCUGGUUCUGGUGGAUUCUGUUGCAGCAGGAGAUGCUGUCUACCUUAACCAACAACUUCAACUGACCACAGAAAAACUACUUGAAAAAAUAGUGAGGAGAAGUGAUAGCCUCAGAUUAUUUUCCUGUGUGGCAUGACCAUGGGGCAGAAAUCUGCCUCUCUAAAUGCAUGUGUGUAAUCUGUGUGUAAGGUAAGGGUAGGUGAGAACCAGCAGUUUCAAAGCAGGCGUUCUGGAAGCCUUGCAUCUAGCUUAAAAUCUGUACUCAGCUCUCUGUAGUGCCAGGGCAUGUUUCAUAUAGAUGUCCCUCAAGCAAUAAGAUAGAAAUAGACCACUGCAUUUCAAUAGUCGAUAUAUCUGCUACUCAGAAAGUAGGGUUUCUGCUUCAGUCGUGUGGGUAUAGAGAAAUGGAAGGAAGGAGGAAUCGAGUCAAAUCAGUGACGCAGCUCUUGGAAUAUUGUGGUUUGGGUCAUCUUAACUUCCUUGGUCCUCCAGUAGUAAUGAGGCUCAUAAUAUUUUGCUUUAAUAUGUUAAAGACAAAGUCUCGUUCCAGUUUCUGUACAGUGCCUUGUAAGAGUCUCAUAAGUAUGCCAACAUUUGGUGACUAGCUGAAAAGGGAAAGAUCACUGAUGUCUAGAAGACCAAUAAAGAAAAAAGCCCCAAAGCUUUCCAUUGUGAUUCUGGAUAGAAUUUUAAUUUCCCAGUGAGUUCACAGUGAGGAAACAAAAGCAAGUUGUUUAAACUUGCAUCUGAAUAGCAUAGCUUGGAAUGUAUCUGCAAUCUCAAGAGGUAUUAACAAAGAUUAAACAUUGAAUGUAGGUAUAAUCCAUCAACAGGAGGUUUUUCUGUGUAGGACAGUUGAAGGCAAUUUAAUAGGAGUCUCUGUUUUUGUGCAAAAUUUUCUUCCACAUGUAAUAUCUGGAAUGGCACUGGACAGAUGACCCAGUUUUAGUGUCAAUUUUUUUUUUUUUUUUGGUCAAAAUGACAGCAAAUAUACACUGGGCAUCUGAAAACAGUUCAGUAAAGUUUCAACACUACAACCUAUUGCUACAUUGUAGUUUAUUGCACAUUCUGAUUAUUUUUUUAAACACUUUUUUAACACUGGUUUGUCUUAAACUUGAAUCUUGCCUCAAUGUCUGAUACAAUAAUCUUUGAUGCAAGGUUGGUUUUUUAAUUAAAAGUUAUUUCUAUAUAUGUUGUAUAUAGUCUGAAUUUGAUGGCCUUUUAGAAGUGAAGAAAUAGCAGUAAUGCUUCCUCUUGGCACAGAGACCUGCUUCGCCCAAGAAUGGCUUUGCGAACACACUGAAGCAGCAGCAGCGCUAAGCUUUGCUGUCAUACCAAAGCUCCGCCAGUGCUGUGAGGCUGAGGUCCCCCUCAGCGUCUCAACAGAGAGGUGGAUUUUUCCAUCUCUCUUGUCCUGCAUGUGCAUCUGCUGCUGGGAAAAGGUUUCUGAAAGUUAUGUGUCUCAAAUGCUUUGCAGGUCUUUUCCAUACCCAUCUCUGUUCAUUAAAAAGCCUGAUCCGACCAGCUCUCACCCAGCUUUGUUGUAAGGUCAGGGCUUCCUGCUCUGUCUGAUCCCUGGGGCAGCGUGAGGAGUUUCUGUAAUUUAAGAGAUGGGACAGACGGAGUAAACCAGCUGCCUAGCUGCCUUAACGUGUCCUGAAGGUGCCGUCAGGAAAUGGAAAUGCAGUCCAGCAUUUUACGGGAAGGAGCAAGAGGAGAGUGUUUUUCUAGAUUGGGGGGUGGGAAGGGAAGGGAAGGGUGUUAAAAUGAGGCUGAAAAAACCUGUGUGAAAAGAGCUGGAUUAACCCAAGUUUGGUCAGCCUCGUGGACUGUAAAGCUGUUCCUGCACUGCUGUUCAGUUCCCUGCUGUGGUGUGCUGCUGAACUAUUGUGUUGCUUUUGGGUGAGGCUCCAGUGUGCUGGUCUAGAGCAGCUGCUUGUUACCUUGCCAGCUGCAGGGGCUGCACAAGUGGUUAUCGAUAGGAGCAAGGGUAAGCAUGUUUUCUUUGUCCCCUCUUCAGAUGUUGUCAGCCAUUGUGGGAACCAGCUAAUGCCUCACAAGGCAGCAAUAAAAAAGCUAGCCAAAGAAAGGCCAGGCAGACUGGAAAAAAAAAAAAAUCCCUGGAGAAACUAUAAAAAUGUCCAUUUGGUCAUAACCCUACCCCAUCACUGUCAGAACUCUUUUCUCUAACAUCUGCCUCUCAGCUGGUUAGACCUGUGACAGCAAACUGCAGCUGCCUUCACACAAAGCUGCCUGAGUGACUGCAUGGCCAGACAAGUGUGCCAGAGCACUUCUUCCUCCCCAUGCCCCAGCCAUGGGGCUGUUCUCCAAGUGUUAGUGGUGUGCAGGCUUCUGCCAUCAGGUGAGCGGCACAUGGAAGUGUGGCAGGCAAAGGUCGGUGGGGAGGGGUGAUGAAGAACAGGCUGCAUUUGCUUUUCUCGUGUCACCUGCCUACGUCCAGCAGUCCUGCAUCUGGCAGGGGCAGAUGGGGAACCCUGUGCACACAUGUCAAGUGAGAUGCUUUUUGGGAAGCCCCAGGCUGCUCCUCACCCACAGCACCUCUCAUCAUUUGCCACCUUCUUGCAGCAGACCAGGCA